GUGAUUGAAAAGACUGUACCUGCACUUGUGGAUCUUGCAGAGAUAUCAUCCCUUGGUGAUCAUAAGAAGCUUGGAGACUCUAUAAUCAAUGUUCUUCAGGAAUGUAUGGAAUCACAAGGGACAGGUCGUACUCAAAUCAAUAGCCAUGUAAAAGAAGAAAUUGAAGAACUACUGAAUUCCAAACAGAGACUAAAAUGGGAGAAAAAUAUGCCUAAAGAGGACCUUCAUAUCAAACAGGCAGCAGCGCUGGUGGUAAAACUAGAAGGAAAUUCCCUGUUUUCAUCAGGAAAUAUUUCCGGGGCUGCAGCUAAGUACUCAGAAGCAUUGGCAUUAUGCCCAAUUAGGUCAAAGAAAGAGAGAGUGGUACUAUACAGCAAUCGCGCUCAGUGUCAUCUUUUGUUGCAACAACCCUUGGCUGCUAUAGGUGAUGCUUCUCGUGCAUUGUGUCUCCAUAAUCCUGUGAAUCGUCAUGCCAAAAGCCUUUGGAGAAGAGCACAGGCGUACGACAUGCUUGGUUUAGCCAAGGAGAGCUUACUAGAUGCUAUUCUGUUUAUAAAUGAGUGUUCUCAAUCAAAUGAUCCUGAUCUGUCUUUGAGACAAAACAAGGUUCCUGAUUAUGCUGAGCGUUUAGUAAAAAAGCAGAUGCGUGCAGCGUGGUUGUUUAGAGAGGCUGCUAUUAAACAUGGUGAAGUUCACUGUGAGGGUGAUGCUGGAGACAUGUGUGGCCAGGAAACUGAUGAUUCUGAAUGGGAGACAGCAAGUGAAAGUGAAAUAGGAAAUGAGGAGAGGGAUGAAAUUGGUGAUGACAUUUGUGGAUGGGAAAAUGAGGUUGAAAGGAAGGAUAAGUACAAAAAGGCUUCAAUCAAAGAGAUAAAACAUGGAUACAAUGUGCAGCUUACUGAAGACGACGUGUAAUUUUUCACCUAUUAACCCUGUUCUGGGAUAUUUAGCAUCCAUUAGCUUGAGAAUCUAAGUGUCUCUCUUGCUGUGUCUACUCUGCGCAAAGGCCAGAGGUGUUCAUUGUUGUUUUUGCGUGUCGCAUUGCUGAAUAAUCUCUCCCUCUCCCUCUCCUUCACUCUUUUACAUAUAGUUCAAAUAGAGCUAGAGGAAAAGAAAAGGAUUGUUAAUGUGUUUAUUUUUCAAGUUUUCCUUUUUGCUUUGGUUUGUUUCCAAGUCAUUCUUUGAGAAAUCAGCAAAAGUGAAAAAUGAUUUCUGUACAUAAACUCUUUGGGAUCUCUUUGGCUAAUUCUGGCAAAAUGCAGUUGUGAGUCGUCUUCAUUGC